AUGGCUAACAACCUUGCAGUCAAGCAAGACAUGCACGAUUGGAAGCGGCCCCUUGGCAAUCGAGAUGGAUGGAAUAGCCCAGAUUUCAGAUUCGAAGUUACGCUUGAUCGGAUAGACCAUGGCUCUGAUGGUGAGGAAGAAUACUCCGAAACAACGGAUAUUUUUGACAAGCAGAGGCUAGAAGUCCUUGACGCCCUCCUUGCCCACCCGGACAUUGACGUAACCGCCAGGGAUACAUUAAACGCGGUUCUCCCGCACUACAUUCGUCAUAGGAAUGGGGUCUUAACUCGUCCUCGAGAAGCUGCUCGAAAAGAAUAUUGAAUUUUCCGCAAGCGAUUCUAAAGGCUAGACACUACUGCAUCUAGCUUAUUGAGCAAAAUAUAGCAAAUCUCUUACAGCUUUCAUGGGACAUAAUGUAGGUAAGAUAGUGCUCGACACAGGCGGAUUCAAUGCCCUCCACUACGCAGCGCCGAAGGGAGAUUGGGAAACUACACGAGCUCUACUUGAAUUUGUUACACUUGCGAUUGCGAGAAACAAGCACGGUCGGAAUGCACUACAUUACCUGCUCAGUAUGCAUAGUAACGCUGGUCUCGACGCUGGUCGGUAUUUCUUGCCGAGUAGCGUCGGUAUCAACGACCUUGAUGAUCAUAGUAAAUCGCUGUUAGCGGUAUCCCUUGCCAAACUCUCCUUCUUAUAGAAUAAGGCGCAAGUAGUACGGCUUCUCUUUCAAAGAGGCGCU